AUGAGUGACAUUGAGAAAACACCAGAAACACAUGAGAACCAAACAAUAAGAAUCUCAACCCCACCAUUGGAAAAUGAAGAAAAGAGAACGGAUGAAGUUGUGAAAAAACUUUGUUCAAAAGAAAUGAGUUCAGAUAAGAAGAGAACAAGAAGUUCCAGUAACAACGAAGUAGAAGAGAAUGGCGAAAAAGAAGAAACAGACCAGGAAGGAAAAGACAAAGAAAAGAAGGUCAGUAGGGAGAGAUUACUUUCGUUCAUGUUCAAACGAAAAACAAACGAAAAAACAACUAUAUCUGAAUCACCAAAAAAAAGUCAUAAAGAAAAGAAAAAAGAAGGAGAAGAGGAAGAAGGAAAGCUAAAAAGAAAAGAGUUAAAGAAAAGUAAGAAACAACAACUGUUGAAACAAAGUAAAUCUGAGAUUAUAACAAAGAAAAGUGAAGAAAUAGAUUCACAAGAAUUAAUUAUUGAGCACCAGGGAGAUGCUAUUAUUGACAAUAAUACCAGUCAAAAAGAAAAUGAAGAAAAAAGUAAAAGAAAAGAAGGGAUUAAAGAAAGACCGAAAUCAUUGAAAGAAAAGUUAUCACCAAGAAAAGAAAAUAAAGAAGAAAAGAAAGAAUUAAAAAUUGAAAAAGAGAAGAAAGUAAAAGACAUUAAAAAUAAGAAGGAAGUAAUUGAUAAAGGAAUGUAUAAAGAAGAAGGAUAUAAAAAUGAUAUUUGGAAAAGAAAAACUAUUUGUACGAUGGAAAGAAGAGAAAAAGAAAAAAGAAGAAGUAGUGAAAUAAGUAUUAAAAAAGAAAAGAAGAAUAUUGAGGUUACUGUUGAAAUUGGAUUUUUAUUACAAACAUAUAAUAAAACACUUAAAGUACCAUCUCAAAUGAAGGUUAGAGAAGUUAUUGAAAAAACUAUGAUAAGUAUUAAAGAAGGAUUACAUGAUGAUGUUAUUGUAUAUCAAAGUAAUGGAGAGGUUGUAAAUCAAGAAGAGAAUAUUGGGACAGUAGCAAUAAAUAAUAAAGCAUACAUAUAUGUAUCAAAA